GAGGAUAUCUUCAAAUACAUAGUUAAAUAUCAACAUAUGUAUAACCCUUGUGACUCAAACAAACUUUACAGUAUAAAAACAGGACUGUGUCUGGAGCUUCAUGGAAACUUCACUGAAGGCAACCAUUUGAAAACCAAGGUUCAUCAUGGCAGUGCUAAGAAGUCUUCUACUUCUUUGCACUAUUUAUUCAAUGGUGAAUUCCAAAAGUAACCUAUACGAAAGAAAAGAUGAAAAAUGCCCCGAUGGAUGGACAAAUUUUGGAGUCAGAUGCUACAAGUACUUUUCUGAAUCAUUUAACUGGAUCACCGCAGAGAAAUUCUGUCAAACUUAUGAUGCAAAUCUUGCAUCUGUGCAUAAUAACUUGGAAAUUGAUCAUCUGGUGAGCCUGGUGCCUUCUUACACAAGGUUUUGGAUUGGUGCUCAGGAUGGUGAACAAGAAGGGCAGUGGAUUUGGAGCGAUGGAAGUCCCUCUGAUUAUACAAACUGGUGCUCUGGAGAACCCAGCAACGCAGGAAAUACAGAGAACUGCGUGGAGCUGGCCUAUAGCUCCAAAUAUUGCUGGAACGAUCUGACAUGUUCAGUGCAACUUGCCUUUGUUUGUGCAAAAAACAGGCAAAAACACAUGCAGUCAUCCUACUCCAUAGUUACAUGAUUGUACUGUAGAUGCAUUUACAUUUUCUGAUCUUAUUAAAUUAAAAGGAUAGUUCACCCAAAAGUGAAUGUUAUCCCAAGAUAACACCCUCAAGUCACCCACUGAAAAAGACAACGGCCAAAUUCUGACAUUAAUAUUCUGUUUUCCAUUAAUUUUUUCCAUAUUACAGUGAUGUAAUAUAGGAAAUAAUGAUUCUGGGCCAUAGUUUUCAUGGUAAGCAAGUGCUGUUUAUUUACAGCCUAUUUUCAGCACUACUUUAUUACUUUAUUACAUUUUUUACUGUAGUUUGCAAUGCAUUGUAGGUUGUCUAUAGACAGUGGCACACAAGAGUUUUAAUAGCCCAUAGAGUUUGAUUUGCUUAUCGGUGUUUGUGGUGCUUACGACAGGAAUAUUUGUGGAAUAUAUAAGAAUUAAUUAUAUAUUUAUUAAUGUAACACUUUUAAAUGAAUUUUUUUUUGGGUGAACUAUACCUUUAAACUUAAUCUUUUAUUCAAUCUUGAAUCCUCUAAAACUUUACUUUAUUCAAAACUUCCUCUAAAACACUAAAUCAAUAAAAGCAUUGAUGAAGCA